AUGGCCGACUCCUCGCCCGUGGCUCCGACCAAGCUCAACGCUAAAAGACAAAAGGAUGACAAGGACUACCACAGGCACAGGCUGACAGAUGCCACUUUCAACCCGAAUCGCCAUCCUGACCCCCUGGAGGCUCGUCCGUCGCCAGACCCAAGAUUCAAGACGCCAGAUGGCGUGACGGAGGAGAUGACGCAGAACUGGCUAUCCAUGAUCAGAGAGGCCAAGGCAAAAACAACUUCUUGA